UGCCAACUGCCAAUGUCACAACCGCAUGUUGUUGCUUAGAAACACAUUACACAUUCUUCUUUUAUUUUUUGAUAUUUAUUAGUGUUGAACUUGUCCCGAAUCCUAGAAUGGCAAAAGCUAGCGAAUCAGCAAUAAAGAGUAUUGGGACGGUACUGAACGAUCCUUCGAGGCCCAUGAAAGAGCGUUUCCGUGCUUUAUUCACUCUCAGAAACUUGGGCGGGGAAACUGCAAUCGACUGCAUCAGUCAGUGCUUUGUAGAUGAAUCUGUGCUGCUAAAACAUGAGCUGGCUUACUGUUUGGGUCAGAUGCAGGAUCAACGCGCGAUACCUGUACUAAGGAGAGUUUUAGAGGACAAAAACCAGGACCCUAUAGUUCGUCAUGAGGCAGGUGAAGCUCUAGGCGCCAUAGGAGAUCCUAACCUCAGAGAGCUGUUAGAGAAAUACCAACAUGAUCCUGCUGUUGAAGUGGCAGAGACAUGUCAGAUUGCUUUACAGCGACUGAACUGGGUUGCCAAUGACAGUUCCAAAGAGGUCAACCUGUCAAAGAGUUUGUUUACAUCCAUAGAUCCUGCGCCACCAAGCAGUGAGAAUGAUGUGGAGAAUCUAAAGAACACUUUGAUGGAUGAAUCUAAACCUCUUUUUGAAAGAUAUAGAGCUAUGUUCAGUUUAAGGAAUUUGGGGACCACUGAGAGUAUUAAUGCCUUGGGUGAAGGUUUCAAAGCAUCCAGUGCCCUCUUCAGACAUGAGGUAGCAUUUGUGUUUGGACAGAUGCAGGACGAGAGGAGUGUGCCAUUCUUGAAGAAGACUCUUGAGGAUACUAGUGAGCAUGAAAUGGUGCGGCAUGAGGCUGCUGAGGCACUCGGCUCCAUUGCCACUGAAGAAUGCACUGAGGUCCUGCAAAGGUAUCUGAACGACCCUCGUCCAGUAGUCCGCGAGAGCUGCGAGGUGGCGCUGGACAUGUCUGAGUACGAGAACAGUCCAGAAUUCCAAUAUGCGAACACUUUGCUUACGGUUGAAGGCUGAUACUUAUUUUUUUAUAUAUUUUUGCUACGAAAUAGUUCUUUGAAUUACUUAUACAAGGAAUGUAACGAAAAAGAUGUCGAAAAUUGACAGUUUAUUGAUGUUUUUUUUAUAUUG